AUGGCAUUGAAUUCAACCAACGUCGAGUCAGAUCCCCAAUCCUCAAGUACCCCUCACCUUGAACUCGUCAACGGCCAAGUCCCAUACCGUGACGCCGUUGUGUCAUGGAAACUCCCCAAGGUUCUCCUUUUAGGCGAGGAACGUUACAUCAGUUUCGAACUUGAUUGCGUGAAACAUGUGGUAUUGCAAAUAUCAGACGCCCGACAACGACAGGUAUUUACUCAGAUUGGCGUUCAACACGACUAUGAUUAUCCUUUCCCCUUCUGGCACUUUCUUGGCAAAAUGAUCUCCCAGGCGCUGCUGGAAAAUGAGACUUCGCUUGAGAUAUUGAGUUUUACAAGGGUAAACGACCGCGAAUUUGUUGGGUUCGAGAACAAAAACGCUCUGAAAAGCAAUAACAGCACAGACCUUAAUGUCAUUGAAGUGAGUCUCAAAAGGCCGCAGGCUAAUGAGCCUAUGGAGAUCUUUUGGAGGCCUGCUAGGGGCAUCAUCAUCCAGAGGCUUCGAGAAUGUGAGUAUCGUGAGGGUUACACUUCGGGACUUUGA